AUGGUGAACCUAAAAGAAGGCGAAAGCCCGUCGGCAUCGACUUCCCAAAAGCCGUCAGGUAUCCAUCCCAAGAAUACCUACAAGAAGCGGUUGAUGAGGAAGGUCAAUGAGACGCAAAACAGUGAUUUGAUGCCUAGGUAAGUAGUAAACGUCCAACCCAUAACAGUUUGCAGCUCGAGUUUAUGGUUGGAAGAGAAGUCUCGAUUAGAAGCCGUUCAAAGAGAUUGGAGGUUAUCCAGGCCUCCAAGGGUAAGAUCCUCCAGGCUAUGAAGUUAUUUGCGUUUAGGCCAGAGUCCAGACGGCAAGUGGGAGGGCUUGCAUUGGAGAAAAUCAUGACAAAACACCCACAGAACUCUUGAACCAGAAGUCAAUAUUUGAUAGGAAUCGGUAGGGAUUCAUAUUUUUUACUUAUAGUCUUCUAUUAGAAUACCAACGGUUGGUGGACCCGUCGAUGUAAGCGAACUUGCCGAGCUGAAUCGAAUAGUUCAAGUGGCAGUAAAAGAGAAUGAACCCUCUCCAAACGUCUUGGAUGAGAUUGUGUCCCCCUUAAUCAUCUCUGAGCAUAAAGAUGAAAAGGUUCAGACUUUAGAAGCGACACAAACGCAGCAUAGUAGUCCUAAAGUAUCUGACGUUGUUGAUAAAAUAGCAGAAGGUGAGUGCGAAUGUUUUUUAUAAAUGCUUGUUGUUCAGUUGAGAAAGAAGACAUCAAAGAAGACGAAAAGCCGGAAGAAAAAGGAAAGAAAUCAAAAGCUGAUGAAGAUGAUGAUUUUGAUGCUGAAGCUGAGGAAAAGCCUAUCGAUAAAAGCCCAGGUUAGCACAGCCACUGACGUCCUUAUCCAACGUUUCAAUUAUUGUGUUAUAUUUACUUCAAUUUUAGAUAAUCGUUUCUUAAAAUUUGAUGAAGAAUUGGGCCGAGGAUCUUUUAAGACGGUGUUCAGAGGAUUAGACACGGAGACCGGUGUGGCCGUAGCCUGGUGUGAAUUACAAGACAGUAAGCUGAACAAAGCUGAGAGACAGCGAUUCCGGGAAGAGGCGGAGAUGUUGAAGGGAUUGCAACAUCCAAAUAUCGUCAGGUUCUAUGAUUAUUGGGAGAGAUCCGAAGCAACUGGAAAGAGAAAGUAAGAGCACUGCACUGCUUACGACUUUAUUUAUGUCUAAUUUAUUAUUAUUUUUCAUUAUUUCCAGAUACAUUGUGUUGGUAACGGAAUUAAUGACUUCGGGCACGCUCAAAAUGUAUCUGAAAAGGUUCAAGAGGAUCAAUAUUAAGGUCCUCAAGUCAUGGUGCCGUCAGAUCUUGAAGGGGCUUCACUUUCUUCAUACCAGAAAUCCCCCGGUUAUUCACAGAGAUCUAAAAUGUGAUAAUAUUUUUAUCACCGGCACCACUGGCAGUGUGAAGAUCGGGGAUUUAGGAUUGGCGACUUUAAAAAAUAAAUCCCACGCGAAAAGUGUAAUCGGUAAGUUCUCAUUAUCUUUUUGUUUAUUCUUUAGGAACUCCUGAAUUUAUGGCUCCGGAGAUGUAUGAUGAGCAAUAUGAUGAGAGUGUGGACGUUUAUGCCUUUGGAAUGUGUCUUCUGGAGAUGGUCACGGGAGAGUACCCUUAUUCUGAAUGCCAGUUCCCUGCUCAAAUUUACCGAAAAGUGAUAUCGGUAAGUCUAAUAUAAAUAUAAUUGUAAUUUGGAAGCCAAUUUUUAGGUAUUCUGAAUCAGAAAAAUUUUGCAGUUGUUUUGAUACAUGUCUCGGCCUGUAACUCCAUACCCCAUAGCAUUAAUUUCUUUAUAAAAAUACUAAAUUUUAUUCUAGGGGGUGAAGCCAGCAUGCUUUGAGAGGGUACCAAAACAAUAUCCGGAGAUCCGGGAUAUCAUUGAUCGAUGUAUUAGAUUACGAAGAGAGGAGAGAUGCACUGUAAAACAGCUUUUAAACGACGAUUUCUUCACUCCAGAAGAACAGUUUGGGAUACGAAUUGAUAUCAAGAAUAGGGAAAACGACCUAAAUGAAACAAAUAAUGAGGUAAGAAAACCGUUUGUUCAUGUUUAUUUAAUUUUUUAGAUACAAAUGCAAUUGCGGGUGUUCGACGAAAAGAAGAGAACUCAAUACAAGUUCAAAGAAAAUGAAGGAUUGCAGUUUGCUUUUGAUAUAGAGACUGAUAAAGCUGAAGAAGUGGUGGCCCAGAUGAUUGAGCAACAACACAUCCCUGAUGUGGACACAAAGAUGAUCAUAAAAAUGAUCAAGGACAAAGUCGAUAACUUCAAAAGAGAUCGAGAACAACGAAGAAAUGAUCAGAAGAGGCAAAGGGAAGAAGAAGAAAGGAAAAAGGAAGAGCAAGCCGUGAAAGAAGAAUUGCAGGCGAGGAAGAAAGAAAGGGAAGCACUGGCUGCAGCUCAAGCACAACAGAACGAAACACCUCAUCAUGAACCACAUGAUAAUAAUAUUCAGGUUCCUCAUGCUGACGAUAGUCAAGACGGAGGCCUUUCUUCCAAUCAGACUACAUUUAACGGACUCUCCGGGAUCAAAAGGGCCAAGAAGAGGAUUGUUCUUGAAGUGCUGAAUGUACAAUAUAAUUCGGAAGCUGCGAAUCAACCGGUAAGUUAAUUUUCGUUGAUAUUGUCUUCGUUUUAGUUGGUCAGUUGUAAGAUGGAUACAGCUCACAAGACUGUCACAUUUCGAUUUGCUCCUGAUUCUGAUCAGCCAGAUGUAAUCGCGGCCAAAUUGGUGGAUCAGGACUGUUUAUCGGAGGCCAAUAUGACUGCCGUGAUAGAGCAAUUGGAAAAAGUGAUAGAAGUUGUCAAAGAGAAUCCGGAGAAGAGCAUCGGGCUUAGAUUGACGAGUGUAGUCGAACAGUUGAAAGAUGAUGGGAAGAAGUUUAGCAUGGAAGUCCAUCGACCAUCUACGCCUAAACUGGGUUCAGAAGGGGCCGUUCAGAAGGCUGGACGCUUCUCAGUGGCUCCAUCGAAUGUGGGUAAUGUAUUUGCACUUGAGACAACACAACCUGAAAAAGUAAGUUUGAUAAUGUGAUUGCAAUAUCAAUGUUUUUAAGAGUGACAGCAACCACAAUACUGAAGAAAUUCACAUUCCCCAUUUACCAUCAGAUUCUUCGAUGUCUGUUCCGACGAGCACAUCCGAGCAUAAAGUUUCGAGGUUCCGGGUUCAAGCAGUUCCUCCUCCACUCCAGGUUCAGAACUCCGUCGAUCAGCCUCUUCACCCUCUUUCUACUACAAUGUCAGCUCAAUCUACCAUCCACAACAACCUCAAUCCAUCAAUUCCAUCAGCCGAUCCUUCAUUGGCCCAUUUGGAAUCAGAAUUAAGGAAAGUGAGUGGGGUUUCGGCGACUGCCCAUUCCGAGAAUAGUGCUCCUCCUGCCAGCUCUGAAGUUGUCACUGAGCCUCCCAUUAAGAGUGAAUCUAUUCCUGCAACCCCGGGUCUCCAGGAAGAUCAACAACACAAUUUGUCGACUUUGCCUGAACGGUUGCAAGAGAUCGCUGAUCAUCAAACCCAUCAACUCGAGGACGAAACCCCCAGGGCAACUCUGCCGGUGACCAGGAAUGGAAGUCGCUCUACCUCUGUCGCACCUCCUGAUGAAGUUGAUGCCGCUGAACCGAAACCCAUGCAGGUUGACACAUUAAAUGGCUUAGCAUCAGCAUUGCAAAAGGUAAUUCGUUUUUCUUAUUACUUAAAAAAAAAUUUGCGACUGGUAAUCGUUAUGUUUAGGUGAUCAAACCUGAGGGCCGGGACUCGGCUUCAGUCCCUCCAGGCUAUGAUAUCCAUGCGACCCACUCCGGAGUUCGGCAGUCGCCUCCUCCGAAUCACAUCUCAAUGGAUAGUGUCCAUCAACAAUUUGAUCAGGAGAUUAGUAAGGUAAGCGAGAGGAUGGAGAUGUAUUUGGUGGUAGUUCUAUUCUGAGUUUUCUAACCUUUUUGAUGUUCUUUGGUUUUUCUUGUGAUUGUAACGUGUUUGGUCCUGCAGCCUCCCCCUAAUCUUGAACCUUGUGUGAACGAAGAGCCAAAUCCGUUGGUCAUGUCCAACAACUCCUUGUCCCCGGCCACGACCACUACCUGUUCUUCUUCGGCCGAGAGUUCAACCAACAAAUCUGAAGUCAUUUUGGAUAAGAGACCUUCGAUUUUGCCGGGGAAUCCGGGGGAAUUGAUGCCGGAAGUGAUGUCAUUACCCAGAACUCCAUCAGAAGUGACUCCCCUGGCCUCAUUCUCCGAUUCGGCCCACUCAGUUCUGGGCCCUAGUCAGAGUGUCCCAGUCCAAAGUCAGACCAUUACAGUGAUUUCUUCGGUCCCCCAUCUCGAGAAGAAGAUGUCCACAGCCAGUGCUGCUCCUCAACUCCAAACUCAACCUCUGGCAGAUCUCAAAGAUCUCGAGAAUGCAUUGAACUGCACAUUGGGAAUCAGAUCUCUGUCCGUGGCUCCAGUAAUGCAACCUAUGAUUCAGAGGGAAGAUGAGCAUGAUUUGGAGCCAGAUUGGAAGCCGAGUUCUCCCGUGAAGAAGGUCCCUCAUCCCCUGAAUCUUCAUAAUCUACCAUCCACUAUCAAUGAGAUCGCUUUCACAGUGGGAUCACCAAAACGGGCAUCAGAGUCUAUAUUGGAAGGAGGAGAAGACCAGUACUGUUGUCUCGCCAAGGAGGCUUACUGUAGCUUUGAGUGUGCCAUGUACAAUGCCAUCCAACAGGUCAUUUUUUUAUUCGUUUGUACCCUAUUUGUUUAUGGCUGUUGUUCAUGUCCUAAAAUAUUAUUUUUUUAAUCUUAUUUAACGAAUAUAUAUAAUUUUAGCUGGAGGACGAAAUAGACAACGAAUAUGAUGAGACCGUACAAAGGUUGCUUCAAAAGUAAGGGCCGUUGAGUUUUUAAUAUUCUGAACUUUUAGUCACAAGAGAGAACUGGAGAUGGUUUUGGAGCGACAGAGGAGAGAGUUGCUUGUUCUUAGACAUCAAAGGCAUCGUCAUCGAGCUCACACAGCCGGCCCUUAUCUAAACAAUGUCCAUCACACAGCCCCGAAUACCACUACCGCUCCCUCAACAACUGAUGUCCCACGAACUCAGAUUGGUAAUGUCGCAUCGAAUUCGGCCUUUGACCUCAGCCAAUCGGUUGUUGUGCAAGGAGUUGAGAAGCCGACCAUCACUCGAUCAGCAACCACUCGAGUGCCCAGUUCAAGCUCCUUCCAGAACUGUGUUCUCAAGAAGCCACCCAAAAUGAUCGUAACUCCUCCCAGUUCACCUCAACGACACUCAGUCCAAGUGGAGUCGACGGUAACUGUAACACCCAUGGUCCGCCCACCUUCAUCUUCCUUUAGUGGGCAAGUCAAAGGAGAAUCACAGAGAAGACCCUCAGGGGAAUGGGAAGACAAACCUCCGCCGAAGAAUGACUCCAGGAGGAGCUCCAAGGAGAAGGAUCAUCAGUCAGUGUCCUCCAAGAUCAAGUCUUUCUUCAUUCGAGGACCCCAUCAAAAAUCUGCCAGGCAUCCUAAGUCCGUUCACAAAGUCUAG